ACACACACACACACACGCACGAAAACAGCAACGAGCAGCAACGAGAGUCAAAUUUGAUCAAAAAUGUCCGCACCGGAACUAGCGUGGCAAGUGGUCCGGGACAUUGGUGUGCACCGGUGCCGGUUCGGUCAGAUGGGCGGUGCCAUUGACAACUUCACCGAAGCAGCAGCACCGAGGGCUGGCGAAGACGAUGACGAGUCACUGCUGGUGCUGAAGGCAAAAGCCCAGCUAGCGUAUUUUGAACCCGGCCCAGCACUGGCAACGAUCGGAAAGGCUCGAAAGUAUCCCGGAAAUUUGCUGCACUGCCGGGCACUGUACGAAACGGGAGAUCUCGAGGGCCACCUGCUCACAUCCGCCAACGGACGGCGCCACCAACGACCGGUCGCCGGCCACCGGCAGCAAGACUUUACCGCCGAACUAGAUCUCGGUCUGUCCACGUUCGAUUGUACGCUCGGUGAGCGGGCCGGUGCCUCACUGCUCGAGUACCGUCACCGGUUCGAGGAGAUUGCAGCUGAACAGCGCGAACUUCGUCAGCGGGCCGUCGAACGACCCCGGUGGAAGGUGUUGGCCGAGGCCGGUGAGUGUGAUGUGAUCAGUGUGCUGGAGACGGUACGCCGGGAGGCACCACUGCGCGAGCAGGUACGACGGAAGAAAAACAAGCAAAUUCUUGGCCAAAUCCAUCUCGGCCGUGGCUGGGAAGAUUGGAUGUUUAUCGAGGAGUUGCUACCCACGGGACGGUACGGGUCGGUCGUUCGAUUACCGCAAACGAAGCAAAGCUCGGCAGCGAUGGACCGGCUGGUGGACGAAUGCUACACGAAGGUAUCGGGUCGGGUGCGAACUUCGCAGGCCUGCUUUCCGAUGUACAGCUUGCGGCAUGGUCGAUUUGGGCCCCAGUCAAACAACCGGCGGGAGCAGUUUGAGCUUGAAGAGCUGUUCAAGUUCCGGUACCGGGCGUACCGGGCUGUGUACAAUCAGUUCGAUCGAAUGUACGAGUUGCGGGCCGCCGGUCAGACAAAUGAGCUGCUUCGGUACGGUGGUGAAAUACUGAACGAGUUCUACAAAACCACCACGGUACGCGUACUGCCUGCCAAGGGGAAGCUGGUGCGUGAGCUAUGCAAUUUGAUCGGAUUGGCCAUACUGGACGGGUUGCGUAUUCCACCGAGCCUGAUGGAUGCACCACCGGACCGUCGUUUGCUGCUGCUGUUUGCUGUCCCACCGGCAAAAGAGUCGAAAGUUGUGGUGCCCGUGUUUGGAGACAUUUCUACCUACCGUGAUCCUACCGAACCGGAUCACGAUUACUUGCGCUACAAGAGCAAGAUUGCGGAACUGGAUCGACGGUACCAGCGCGUCCAGUAUCCCAUCGAGCGCUGUCUACUCGACUACCAGAUGGCACGCCAGCAUCUGCUGAACGGUUGGCUCGACGAUGUGAAGGUGAUGGGUAAUCGGAUGAUCGACGAAGCGAUCGGUUGCGGUAGCCACUUGUGGCAGCUCAUCGGACUGCUUACCGUUGCGAAGGCCCUCUGCGCUCAGCAUAAUCUGGAGCAGCUGGCCGUCCAGCUACGGGCGGCGGCCCGGCUCGUGCAGAGCCGUCUGCCCGACGAACGGAUCGCGUUUUUCAUCGAAGUAUCGCAGAAGCUAAACCGGGAUUUGCUAAUGAAAAAGCUGGGCCAAUCGCUCGAGCUGGACCGUACGCUGGUGGGUUAGCGUUUUUUUUUUCGUUUGAGUCGUUCUGCGUCCGAGUUCAAGUGAACCCGGCCGAACGUGGGGUAGAGCGAUGCAAGUGUGGAGCAAAAAAAAAACGUUGGCAUUGUGUGCAGGGAUUAAGGUUUCCCGGUUUUUGUCCGUACCUUUCAUGCCCUAUCGCCCCGUUGUGUUGGCAAUGAAAAGCCACUGUGUUUUCUCGCUCAAAAAGGAAAAACAACCAUUACACGGUGGAACUAUGACUGUCGGUGUGUGUGUGUGUGGGUGAAAAUGAACUCAUUCGAAUAGUUUCGGGUUGCGGCCAUUUAUCAUAGUUAAAUUCGACUUUGGCUGGUGUUUUUGCACCCUUUGCCGGCGUCUAUCAUGGUGUUGAGCAACUUUUCGACCAUAUCGGUGAAUAAAUUUCAUGACUUUUGUGUA